ACCUCAAAGAUAAGAUGGAAUUAAAGCAAUAUCUGGCUCUCAUCUCCGAAGGAAAUAGUUGAAAUCAAACGUCAUUGACUUAGCGAAUAUUUCUUAUUACUUCCGCUAAUUUUACACAAGUGAUUUCGGAUUAGUUUGUCUUCCACCAGUAGAGGAAAAGUCGUCAAAAACUCCGUUCAAGUUCCCCAGUUUUUGGUGAUAGCGAAGUCGCCUUCCCCAGCAUGCUAUUCGGCCAGUGUCCGGGCGAAAAUUAAUUCAACCCACUCGAGCUUUGACAGGAACCUAUUAACAUUUCGGAUCAAGAAUACAAAUUGAUUUCCAUCAAACGUGACCGGUCUAUUGGACUACAAAUUUCUUACAUCAACCAAGAUCAUUCCCUGGGCUGGUCUCAGUUCGAAAUGAUUUGAUUAUUGUGGUAUCUUCCCUUGAAUGAUCAGUGGAACUCGAAUUUUUCGAAUCAGAGUGUGGAGUUAUUCCAGGGUUUCACGGACUGUUGAAGGAAUUUUGACCGAGGAAAGCGCUCAGCUUUUAUUCUUUCCAUCGUGGGAUAGAAGGAAAUGUUGAGCCCUGAAUAAACACUGGGUUCAAACAAACACCUGGUCUAAAAGGCUAAAUUUUAAACAAACCUCCUGAAAGCUCACAGAACAAUGGUUGACUCAAAAUGUCUGUUCAAGUUACAAGUUCUGUAAAUCAGGCUUCUGCAGUUGCAAUGUCUCCAAUUACAAAUUACCAUCAGCCAGCUGGGGGUGGAACUAUGGAGUCAUUUAGUUCUCGUUCCAAGAGAGCAGCCUCUCCUCAGCGAAUUAGUAAUGGCCACACAUCUCCCAAAUCUAACUCAAUCUUAUCACCAAAAAAAACAUCCAAGAGGUUCUUUCGCCGACCCACCCUUGAAAGGAAUCAGUCUAUCGACCUUCAAACACAAGGAAAUGACAAGAAAAAACAAUCAACACCUCAACCAAGGGUUGAAAUUAUCUACAAAGAUUCACAAUCUGAAAAUGAAUCUGAUCAAGAUAACAUGGUCUCUUCACUGAAGAAGGCAUUUGAAACAGAUGAAAAGGCAUUGCUACGGCCAUCAUCCACUCAUUCAGGAGACAGAUCACCCUCAACGAUCUCUGAGGAGUCUGUACCUUUAUUAUCAUCCAUUCGUUGUCUUGAUGUAAAUAUGAAUCGUGUUUCCACCGCCUCAAGCUCCAGCCAUACAGAGAGGGUUGUACAGGAAAUUUUAUCUACUGAGCAGGCUUAUGUUGAACAUUUACAGGAGAUUAUUGAGGGUUAUUUAGCUAAAAUGAAGAAAGAAAAUUCUCCAUUCUAUGAGCAGGAUGUCAAAGAUCUAUUUAUGAAUAUAGAGGAAAUCUAUGACUUUAACAAAACAUUUCUAGCUGAUCUGGAAACGUGUGGUGAUGAUCCUGUAGAAGUGGCAAAACAAUUUGUCUCUAAGGAGAAGGGCUUUGUAACAUACACAGACUACUGUACAAAUUACCCAGUGUCUGUCGAGGUACUAACAAAGUCUACACAGAAAAAAGAGACAGCAGAAUUUAUAAAGAACAUUCAAAUUGAACUUGGUCAUUCCCUUCCCCUUGGGUCAUAUUUGUUGAAACCUGUGCAAAGAAUCCUGAAAUAUCACUUACUACUGCAGGAUAUACAAAAGCAUUUUGACAAAGAAAGUGAUCCUGAAGGUUAUGAUAUAAUAUCUGAUGCCUUGUUUGCCAUGACUGGAGUGGCUCACCACAUCAAUGAAAUGAAACGGCAGCAUGAAGUUGCCGUACAUGUGCAGGAGAUUCAAAGUCAGAUGUCUGAUUUUGAGGGCCCAGAUCUUACAACUUAUGGCAGUCUUGUCUUAGAGGACAUCUUCCGAAUGCAUGGAACUAGAGCAGAUAGACACCUGUUUCUCUUUGAGCAAAUCCUCCUCAUCACAAAACGAAAAGAAAGUGGCUACUCUUGUAAAGCUACACUCAUGUUGUCAAACAUGAUGAUGCUAGAAUCAGUAACCAAAGAACCGCUAGCUUUCCAGAUAAUACGAUUUGAUAACCAGAAGAUCACCUAUACGUUCUUGGCAAGGCACGCAGAUCAGAAACGCAAGUGGAUACUAGAACUAAAAAGACUGAUUGUUGACAGCCUCGCAGCUCCAGUCUCCACCAAGGCAAGAAAAAAUAUCCUUGGGGAUAUAGGAAGCUCAGAAACUUCAGACUUUGAAGGCAAGAAAAGAUCAUCUUCCAUUGACAGCAAACUCGGCAGAGGAACACAACUGAAAGGGUCAUCUGUCGGAUUUACUGGCAUGAAAGGAGAAACGUGUAGGAAAUCGGAUGACGAGGGUGGACCCAGGUCACCAACGGAUGUGUACUCUUCCGACGAUGACAAGAAACCAGUCCGUUGGCAUUUGUCUGUCAGUGACAGGGAAGAAAGUCUUGAAGAAAGUGAAGAAUUGAUUGAGGUCAAACCGCAGGACUCAGAAUCGUCCUCAGAUCACAGGAUUUCAACAACAAUUAACGAAAGUAGUGAAGAGGAAACAGAGGAAAAGUCUCUAAACUGCAACCAAAUUCGAGAGCAAAGUACAAAAUAUUCAGUACAAGAUGCUCAAGGUGAGGUGUUGGGGACAGCUACUGCUGAAAGAGACCGCUUUGUGGUUAAUCAAAAUGACGUCGGAAAGAACGAAGAGCUAACGUCUCAAAUAACUGACACAGGGAAAUGGAGUAGUACACAAAGCGUGACGAGGCAACGCUCCGGGAGUCUCUCCAGGUGCGAUGAUUUUGAAACGUCACGCAGCAAAAGUGUGAGCGGAAAAUUAAAUCAAGUGUUUGACGAUGAGGCGGCCAGUGAGAUUGGGAGCUUUUCGCGCGCACGUUCUGACGACAGUCCCAUCCAAAUAGGGCGAUCGUCAAACAGUUCGCGGUUGUUGGAAGCAAGGCGAAGUGUCGAAAAGUCGUCAUCUGCUUUAGACUUGCGAGACAUCGACGAGGAUUCGCCAGCCGUGUUUAGUCAUAGCGACAUAACAAGUUUCAUGGAGUAUUCAGCCAUACAAACAACGGUAAGAAGAGUCAGCAGAGCGUUCAGCGGUUCUUCAUCUCCCAGUGACAAAGGCCCUCAAAGCGAGGCUCAGAUGCGUACUGCGCAGACGCGCUACAUCGUGGAGUCGCGAAACUCCCCCGAGAAAGACACUUCCAUCUCGAGCUCAGACUCCUCUCACCACAAUUUGGACGAGCUGCUUGCUUCCAUCGACCGAGACCUGGAUGAGACACGUCGCACGAUUUCUUGUGCACAGCUUUUAGAGUCUGCUCUGCUCGUAAAGAAUGAUGGCAGACCGCCAGCCAAAGACGAUGAGCCCACGGACAGCCUUCGGUACAGAAGGGUCCCUCGAAUUAUUGACUUUUCUGAUGAAAAUAGGGGAGAGAGCUCAGAUGGGUUUAACUUUAAUCCUACGACCGACCAAAACCAGAAUCGCUUCCAACAUGAGACAAACUCAAAUACAAAAGUUUAUUCCAAACUGGAAAGAAAGGUUACUGACUUUACCACAAAACCAAUCGUUGAAGUUAAUCAAGCAGCAAAGAGUGAAGAGGAGAGUGAGUUAUCACGAUCUAUUACGUCAGCUGAUUCAAAACCGCAGGAAUACCAACCCAUAGAACCUGCUCACUCACCUAAAAACAGGCAAACCAAGAAACGCGUCUUUGAACUUUUCGCUGACAGCAACAGCGACAAGAACAAACAGUUAACAACCAGUGACAACGAGUCGUCUGCGGAGACAUCUGCACAUGUAAUCACACCGAGGAAAUCGACCUUGCCAAGUGUUUAUAAAAUGGCGCGCCAGUAUUCUCAGCUCGUCUCCGACAAACAGACGGUAGAAGACAUACGCAUGCGUACAAGAAAUAAACAGCACGACAAAGUGGGGCCGGAUACGAUAGCGAUUGACAAACAAGACACCACCGACCACACCCCAAAGAUAAAAAUCGAAAAAGUUACUAAAGUUUCAUUUACUAGUACUCCUAUCGAAAGUUACAAGCUCGUGAGGCGUCGGCGGAGACGUUCGGGUUCUUCUCGGCAUCGAUCGGAUGAUUUUCGGCGCUUGAGCUGGUCAGUCGAGAAAGUGAAACCAGACUCGGAGGAACCUCGCAAGACGAGACCCAAAAGUGUGUACGAUAUUGAAGCUUUAGAGGCCACAAUCACGGAGAAUAUGGAGCAGAUCGAGGAGGGUCUGGAACCCAUGUUAAUUGAAGGCUUAGAAAAGGACGAUGUGGUCGUGAGAGGACUGGUACAGCAUUUAGUAAACAAGUUUAGUUCUCAAAAAUCGCAAACAUCUUGAUUUAUACACCUUUGCAAUCCGGUGUUGGAUCUGUGUUUUCGUCGUGUGCCCUGACUAAGACAUAGUUGCCACAGGUCAGGAAAUUGUCAGGGAAAAAAUUUCUUCAAGGUCAGGGAAAAAAUCAGGGAAUUUUGUUUUGA